AUGAACGCUGAAGAGCACCCACGACGAGCCGCCGAUCACGCCAAGAACUCUCGCGACAGAAAGAAGGAAAAAGAGGAAGAAUUGGAACAAGAGAACGAACGGCUCCGACAAGAGAACCAGCGGAUCCGACAAGAGAACCAACGGCUCCGACAAGAGAAUGAAGAGAGAGACUUCUUCAAUGGCGUGCCCUUCCAGUCAGCUCCCGUGGCAAUCGGGACGGUCGCUGGCAAUGGUGCCGGUGCCGCUCAUGCUCACUCUAGUAGUGCCAACAAUGGCUCAUUUCUGACCCCAGACUUCAUCCGCAGUCUGUCAACGUUGACCCCAUCACUUCAAGGGAGUUUGUUUUUAUCGGCGGCGAGAAAGGAAAGCACCAGAUUGGCACGCGAAGCCAAAGCCUCUGUGACCACAACCUUCUGGCAAAGCAUUGAUGAAGGAAAUCAGCAAACCCAAGAAAUAAUCCUUUCGAUUUUCGGAGGAACACCCACAGCCACUGGAACGCAUGGUGGGCACCAGGCCGAUGACAUGCCCUCCACUGGCAACGGUGUUGCUACUGAUCCAUUGAGUGCUAGCAAUGGCUCAUUUUUGGCUGGAUACCUCUUCCUAAGUUUGUCAACUUUGGCGCCAUCAAUUCAAGGGAGUGCCAUUCAAUCAGUGCUGCUAUUGGAACUUGAAAGGUCGGCACUCGAGGCAAAAGCCUCAGUGACCACAAACUUGAGCACAAACUUGAGCACAAACUUGAGCACAAACUUGAGCACAAACUUGACAAACUUGGCUCCACUGGGAUGCACGGAGCACACCAAGUCGGUGGGGGCUUCUCCAUUGGCAUGCCCUUUGGGUUGGCUCCACGGGCUGUUCCAGGCAGCUGCUGGGACGGUUGCUGGCAAUGGGUGGGGCGACUCGAAUCAGACAACCUUUGGCCCUCAACCUCCUCCACCAACCAGCGGUAUUAGCGCCGUCUCGGCUGGGCAGGCCGGAGCCGGCAACCAACCAUCCUUAGGCUCCCCUCGCGGAUUGGCCGCAGCAAAUGGAAAAGGGAAAAAACGAAAGUUGACAAAGGAGAUGUCCGAAAACCAACCAUCCUUGCCAGGCUCCCCUUGCGGAUUGGCCGUAGCAAAUGGAAGAGCAAAGAAACGAAAGUUGAUCAAGGAGAUAUCCGACGAUGACGGCGAUGACGACGUCGACAUGUAA